UUCCCAUCUCUCUGCAACUGCCUACCUCGAACGCGCUAGCUACCCACCAGUGCUCCUACUUCUAGCAGCUAGCGCAACCUUCACCGGCGACGACUACGACGACGACGAUGGUGACGGUCGAGGACGUCCGCAAGGGGCAGCGGGCCGAAGGUCCGGCCACGGUGAUGGCCAUCGGCACGGCGACUCCGCCGAACUGCGUCGAUCAGAGUACCUAUCCGGAUUACUACUUCCGGAUCACCAACAGCGAGCACAAGACGGAGCUCAAGGAGAAGUUCCAGCGCAUGUGUGACAAAUCCAUGAUUAAGAAGCGUUACAUGCACUUGACAGAGGAAAUUUUGAAAGAAAACCCGAAUUUGUGUGCCUACAUGGCAACUUCCCUGGACGCCAGGCAAGAUAUGGUUGUGGUUGAGGUGCCCAAGUUAGGCAAAGAGGCUGCUACCAAGGCCAUCAAAGAAUGGGGCCAGCCCAAAUCCAAGAUCACCCAUCUGGUCUUCUGCACCACCAGCGGUGUCGACAUGCCCGGCGCCGACUACCAGCUUACCAAGCUCCUGGGGCUCCGUCCUUCGGUGAAGCGGCUCAUGAUGUACCAACAGGGUUGCUUCGCCGGCGGCACGGUGCUCCGCUUGGCCAAGGACCUGGCUGAGAACAACAAGGGUGCCAGGGUGCUCGUCGUCUGCUCGGAGAUCACCGCCGUCACUUUUCGUGGGCCUAGUGACACCCACUUAGACAGUCUUGUCGGUCAGGCACUGUUUGGCGAUGGGGCUGCGGCCAUAAUUGUUGGGUCAGACCCGGUGCCGGGGGUCGAGAAGCCCUUGUUCGAGCUAGUCUCCGCUGCCCAAACCAUUCUCCCAGAUAGUGACGGGGCCAUCGAUGGCCACCUUCGUGAAGUGGGCCUUACAUUCCACUUGCUCAAGGAUGUUCCAGGCCUCAUCUCCAAGAACAUAGAAAAGAGCUUAGUUGAGGCAUUCAAGCCCAUAGGCAUCUCAGACUGGAACUCCAUUUUCUGGAUAGCCCACCCCGGUGGCCCUGCUAUUCUGGACCAAGUCGAAGAGAAGUUGGCCCUAAAGCCCGAGAAGCUACGGGCCACCAGGCACGUGUUAAGUGAAUACGGAAACAUGUCAAGUGCAUGCGUGUUGUUCAUACUCGACGAGAUGAGGAGGAAGUCUACUGAGGAGGGGCUCAAGACCACUGGCGAGGGGCUAGAGUGGGGUGUGCUCUUCGGGUUUGGGCCUGGGCUCACCGUCGAGACCGUGGUUCUCCAUAGCGUGGGUGCUUAAUCGAGCUCGCUUGGCCCAUAUCCCAUAGGCUAAUUUAUAUGGGCUUUUCUUCAAUUUUAUAUGCUUCUGUGUCGGAUUGGGUUUGUAUGCUCCACUUUAUUAUUCGCGUUUGAAAUAAUGUUUUGUAAUAAAAGUAUGGCAAACGAAAGGAAUUUUGGGUGUCAGGCACCUAAUUUAGUAAAGAAUUGGCAUAUUCCUUUGUA